GAUAAACAUGAUAUUUUGCUAGGAUGACAAAAUCGCCCACAGAGACCAUUUAUUGUGUUUCUUUAACGCCGCUAGUGUGUGUUUCUUUGCAGAAUGAGGCAACGCCGUCAGCGAAUGAUGAGAUGUCUGGUCAACAAGAGAAAGAAGAAGCGGAAAGAAACGAAAAAACUUUUGAUGAAGUCCUAGCAAGCGAGGAUAUCGAUCAAAUCAGCGACGCCGUCACAGCUUAUGGGCUGGGAAACUGUAGGACGAACUGCCUAGAGAAGGCCAUGGCGGUCAGCAGUCUCUUACACGAGUAUGCUGAAAGAAAUGGGCCAAGCGCCGAUGAGUUUCGAAAACUCUCCGGUUCUGUACAGGAUUUUGCUGUUCAGUUGAUUGAUCCGCUAAAGGGCGACGAUGUGAAACGUUCGAUCUUCGGAGGGGAUGAUUUUGAUAGAGUGGCUGACAAGGCCAUACUGUGCCAACAAAAAAAGUUCGUCUCUCAUCCCGUCAUCUACACACUCUUGAUGAGGAAAUGGAUAGGGCGAUUCUCACGCUUGCGUCAAGCUCCUUUCUUGUCAUAUGAUUGGCUGAUCUGGGUCCUGAUUAACAUGUUGAUCCCGCUGGACAUGGUGUUAUUUCCGUUUCUUUUUGCUGUUAUGUACCUUAUUCAUAAGAUUUUGAAUUUUAUCAAACGGAAUAAUGGUUAUCACGUAUUGUUUCUAUUGAAACCAACCAGUAAGGAUACGCUAUCAGUGAUGAAAGAGGCCAUGGAAAAAAUCAUGCAAAACAACAACCUCACAAUGAACGUAACGCAUGCCGCCGUGUUGCAAGCCGCUGACCAUAAGCCCGUGCCUUUUGAAUCACUGAAUGAAAAAGAUGUUGUUGAAAGUAUGAAUUUUAACCCCCCUGCAACCGGAGAUAUCGCGAUACAACAGUCUGAAAUCACUGAAACCCCCAAAAAGCGUCAAGUCACAUGUGUUGGUUCUUCAUUGACAACCGCCAAGGAAAUGCUUCUUGCAAGAGCUGGAAUUGAGAAAAAGGUUCUAGUAUUAUUGACGGAUGACAAGUUGGGCGAAUCCAAGGAGAAGCUUAGCCAUACUGGACACACAUUCUCCUCUGAUCACAUCACAAUGGUUGCCAUAGGAAUCGGAACACAUCCUGAUAUCAAAGAGUUGGAGGCUAUAGCGACUUGUGAGGAAAAUGUUGUAUUGUUUCCGGAUUUUAACGUUAAAGACGUUGGUGAAAAAAUCAGCAAAACCAUAUAUGGACACGACUGCUUUGAUCGCUACAUGGAUUACUUCACGACCCCGCAUUUCGUGUUUGCACGUGACACGUGUAGCUACCUCGUGCUGUUGGCGCUCCACUUCCUAGUCUGUCUGCAGCUCUCGUCCCAGGCCUUCACUGUCGUCGAGUGGCUUAUCCUGGUGUUUUUUGUUGGUCGCCUUCUAAACGAGGUAACCAUGAUAUGCCUGAGUUAUAGAAUGGAGGAUUUUUUUUUGAGAGCAUGGAUUAAAUUUUACAAUGAUUGGAUUCAGUUCGCUACUGAUUUGCAUAUCUUAUUGGCUUUUUAUUUUGUGUGUCACUGAAUGAUUUGUCACAGUUUAUCACCCAUGUCUUCUCAAGAGUCUGGUUACAUUCUGACCCUGCAAAAUUUAUACCCUUUUUUUUUCAAGCUAAGCACCUUUCAUUCGAUUGACACUCGUUCCGUGUCUACACAGGCCCAUCAGCUCAUUAGCACCAAGCCUGGUGAAAAUAACGAAACGAGCCCAAAUGAAGAUCACAGCCCAAAGCCGGAUUCUCGAAAGAAGAAUGAGCGAGUGGAUACCUUGCGGAAAUAUCUGAGCGAUCGCUGGAAUAUUCUAGAUCUUCUCACCCUCCUCUCCUACGUCAUCAUUCUGAUUCUGAGGGUUAUCACGUGGGCAUCACGUGCCAAGGUAUCCCAGAACCGCUUGCUUGCCGUGGCGGGCUACUUGUAUGGACUCAAUGCCAUGUUGCUGACGCUUAGAGUGUUUGGACACAUGAUGGAGUCCAAGAAAUCAACCGGGGCAAUCCAGAUUGCGCUCUUCCAGAUUAUUGGUGCUGUUGUCGCAAUAUUUGGGCAAUUUUUGGCGGCAACCGUGGCUUUCUCUUUGGCUAUUACUAAGAUUUAUAUGGUGGAGGUCUCAUAUGCGACGCCCUCUUCUAAUGCUUCGCAUGGGUUUUGCAGCAAGCCAGGCUUAAAUUGUUGGUGGGGUGCCGUGAGGCAUUUGUCCUGGUCCCUUUUGGGUCUUGCGGACACGUCUUCUCUGGACUCUUCAGAUGGUUUCUCUGAGGGCCUGGCCAAAGUCCUUUACGGAUUAUUCCUAAUCAUGGGCGUGGUAAUGCUGAUGAAUAUGAUGAUUGCACUUCUAUCAAACACCUAUCAACAAGUCGAGGAUAACUCAUUCUACGAAUGGUCGUACAAGAAAGCAAUCACAAUCAGAACCUACAGUGGCUAUCACCCGGUCCCAGUCCCCUUCAAUAUUGUCUCUCUGUUUGUUUUGCUGGUGGGCUACCUGUGGAAAUCCUGUCGGCAGAGGUGUUGUCAUGCUGUUUAUGAAAAACGUGGAUCAGCCAAUCAGUCUGAACUGAAGAAACCAGAAAAGGUCGAACCUAUAUUCGAGCGCCUUAUAAAGGACCUUCGUUCAGCCUACUACUCUGUCUACGGAUACUCUUUCCCAAUGACAGAUGAAAGCAAGAUCGAUUUGGUAGUCAAGGAGACUGAGGGUAGUCAUCAGAUGGUCGGACAAAUCGCCAAACGCGUCUUCCGCGAGGACAAACCCGAGAGGAUGAUGGGCUUUCCAUCAGGGAAAAUGGCUUGGGACUCCGUCGGAAUAAGGAUUGACGGUAAUCAGCUGAUGUACCUCGGCCCAGACUCAUGUAUAUGUUCCCUUGACAAGCCGGAGGUUCAUCAUGGCGCUAGAUACGAGCGAUACCUGACACGCGAUUUCCCUGGCUUUGAGGUCCUCAUUCAAGAUUGUGAUGAAAACCGCUCUCUUGCUGUUGGGCUAGUAAACAGAGGCUACAACUUGCACUUGUUUCCAGGCUGGCAAAGCAACACGGUCGGGUACCACGUGGAUGAUGGGAAAGUAUUUGACCACAAAGAUUCCAAGUUUGGUAGAGUUGAGGAUGCGGCCAUGGCACACCGAGGAGAUCUUAUUGGUUGCUUUGCCGACUUUGACAACAAGAAGGAUGGCACACUGCCUGUGGUGUUCAGCCUUAAUGGACGAGUUGUCGGCAGGGGCUACCUGAAAGUCGAUGAGUUCAGAGAUAACAGUUUCUACCCCUAUGUUGGCAUGGGAAACAACGUCACUGUCAUAGUCAAGAUGCGACCCAAAUGUGAUAGUACAGCUGACCGUAGCGACAACUUGGCCACAUCACAACAGAUAGCUGAUCUUCAAAAGCAAAUUAACGACCUCACUUUUGAGAUACGCAUGUUGACUGCAGUGUUGGAACCACUCUUGACUUCUAUCAAUAGCAGUACCUCAAGUAUAUUAAGGCCUGGGUAGUUGGCUCUUAGCAUCGAAUAUAACUUUUUGCCUUAAACUUUUUAACGUCGCCUUAAAUUCAUUCUUUUUGGCAAGAUGAUUAAUGUCGACGGCCUUAACAUUUUCGUAAUGUUUUCUUGCUGGUGAUGACGCCACUUUAUAGAUCACGUGACAAAAUACUUUUUUUGCCUUCUCGCCGGUGGGGAAAACAGCUUGGACAAAGGUGUUUACUAAAUAUGAGUUGACUUUAUGUGUGUGAUAUGAUAGCGUUUUAGCAUCCGGAAUUUUCUCUGCCGGUAACAAGAUAUUAAAUAUUUUGGUAAGUCAUGUGACCUGCUGCGAAUUAAAAUGUUGAUUUGUAACCGAAGGGCUAAACUUUUCUUGCCUGUUGAGGCAUCAGUGUGCAAGCGUGUUUCAAAAGAACAUAAAAACAUGCGAUGUUUUUUUUUCAUAGCGUAGUGAUGAUGUUUUGACUAAAAAAGGCAAUGUUAACUUACUUUAAGGUAACUUUCAAAAUUUCAACUGUUUUAGCUUAUGUUCCAAGCCUUUUAAGGCUUGUAACAAGUCUUGUAGCUAGUCUCAGUCUCAAGUGUAUUAAAAUACACUCGAAACUAGUCUCGAGAUAACGUCUAAUAGAGUACCUGACGAAUAGGAAAAAGAUGAAAGAUAAGCUAUAGUAGUGGUAAAUGAGGAUCUGCUUGAUGAUGAUAAUCAGUUCAUGAUUUUGAUGGUGAUGGUGAUGAUGGUGAUGGUGAUGGUGAUGGUGAUGGUGAUGGUGAUGGUGAUGGUGAUGGUGAUGGUGAUGGUGGUGAUGGUGAUGGUGAUGGUGGUGGUGAUGGGUGAUGGUGGUGGUGGCGAUGGCGAUGGUGAUGGCGAUGAUGGUGGUGGUGCAGUUUUGUUAUAAAACUCCCAUAUCUGUUGAGCGUGCGUCACCUAGUUCAUCUGUUUAUUCAAUUGUACAAUCAUAGAAUAGGAUUCUUUCGCCAAAAUUUCAUCAACCUUUUUUCGUUAAUUGAAUUAUGAAUUCAAACAUAACAUUUCGCGCCUUUUUCACGCUUUAUCUCCUUCCACGUAUAAUAGGUACUAAAAUAAAAUUUUUCGCACCUUU